CCCAAGAUGGCGGCGGCGGCGCUGCUGCGGCAGCGGGCGGGCAGCGGCGGGGCCGGGGCGCUGUGGCGAGCCCAGCGCCGCCAGCGCAGCACCUUCGACGUGGUGGUGGUGGGCGCAGGAAUCGUGGGGCUGGCCUCGGCCCGGGAGCUCGUCAGGCGGCAUCCCUCACUCACCUUCGCCGUGCUGGAGAAGGAGCAGGAGCUGGCUCAUCACCAGAGUGGACAUAACAGUGGCGUGAUUCACAGUGGAAUUUACUACACACCUGGAUCUCUGAAAGCUAAGCUGUGUGUAGAGGGAGCAGCCCUCUGCUACGAGUACUGUGACCAGAAGGGAAUACCAUAUAAGCAGUGUGGGAAGCUAAUUGUAGCUGUUGAACAAGAUGAAAUUCCAAGACUCCAAGCUCUCUACAAAAGAGGGCUGCAGAACAAUGUCCCAGGUCUGAAACUGAUUGGAACAAAAGAAAUACAAGCAAAAGAACCCUUCUGCAGGGGUCUGAUGGCCCUCGAUUCUCCAUAUACUGGCAUUGUGAAUUAUAAACAAGUGGCACAGUCCUAUGCAGCAGACUUCCGGGAAGCAGGUGGGAUGAUCUUCACUGAUUUUGAAGUUACAAACAUGGAGAUGGCUAAAGAAAGUUCUUCGGAAAGUGCAGAUGGACUGAAAUACCCAGUCAUUGUUCGGAACUCAAAGGGUGAGGAAAUCUACUGUCGGCACAUUGUGACCUGUGCAGGACUUUAUUCAGACCACCUGUCUGAGAUCAGUGGCUGCAGCCCUGAACCUCGUAUUGUACCCUUCCGUGGAGAUUAUUUGGUGCUAAAACCAGAAAAGUCUUACAUGGUUAAAGGAAAUAUCUAUCCAGUUCCCAAUCCUCGGUUCCCUUUUCUGGGUUUUCACUUCACACCAAGAAUGGACGGCAGUGUGUGGCUUGGUCCUAAUGCAGUAUUAGCCUUUAAGAGAGAGGGCUACAAAUUGUUUGACUUCAACACUGGAGACUUUUUAGAUGCUGUAUCGUACAGUGGGCUGUGGAAGCUCAUGCUAAGAAACGUGCCUUACGGACUGAGUGAAGUGUACAGAGCAUGUUUCCUGAGUGCACAGGUGAAGCAACUGCAGAAGUUCAUCCCUGAGGUCACUGUCAAUGAUGUACUCAGGGGUCCAUCUGGAGUGAGAGCUCAAGCAUUGGACAGUGAUGGAAAUUUGGUAGAUGACUUUGUAUUUGAUGGAGGCAGUGGAGAUCUUGGAAGCAGAAUUCUUCAUGUCAGAAAUGCCCCUUCUCCUGCUGCUACCUCCUCCCUUGCCAUUGCAAAAAUGAUCGCAGAUGAAGUGAAGCGAAGGUUUGAAUUGUGAAUGAUUGACAGGUGUAGUGGGGUUUUAUGCCUCUUGUAUGUGUAGCAUCUUGUCUGCAUUGAAUGAACUCCACAGCCUUUAAUGACAAAGAUAAAACAGGCAAAGUGUCACUUGCAAGACCAGCACUGGUAUAGCAAACGCAGUAUGUGAAACGUUUGCCUUUGCCAGCCUGCAGCUUCUCAGCUUCAUGAAUACAGGAGUUGUGGUGCCUGGUCAGGCCUGGUGUGGUACAGCCGUCUGCAGGAAAGAAACAAACAACCCUGUUCGCAGUAAAGGUUUGUUCACCCAAGCAGGAACAGCCUGUGGAGGGGCUGGUGCCACACGCAAUGUGAGGGUCUCUUCAACCGUAGUGGGCCUUAAGUUGAAGCAGGAAAAGCCUCUGUGGUGGGGUUGCCCACACAGACUUCCCAUUUCUCAGAUCUGAACACUGCCUUCUUGUUGCUCUCUGGAGAGGUGGUUGGUCCUCUGAAAAACCACAGGCAUGGAGUGGUUCUCUGUGUGCUUUGACUCUGACUCCAUUUAAAUUGGAGUCUACAGUCCCCUAGCUUACAUUAAAUUAAUGGAGAUAGAAGGAUAAGCCCUGCUUAAAGGUUCUGUUGAUAUAGAAUUAAGGGCUUUAUCAGAGACUGAAAACAAUAUUCAGAGCCUUCUACAUGAACAUAGAGUAUUUCGCAGUAAAAUAAGCCUAACAAGGGAUUACUAAAUCCAAGUCAAUUUAGAUACUCAAGUCAGAUAUGCUAUCUGAUCACUGUCUGUAUUUUUUUUAUAAAGCUGAAAUUAAAAUGUAUACAUAAACAGUUAUUUUGUAUAACUGUUACACAUUGUUAAACUGUUAAACAUUUAACAUAAAAUGUUAAACAUAUAUAAAAUGUAUAACAUUGUUAAAAUGUAUACAUAAAGAGUUAUUCUGAUCAGUGAAAGAUCAGGAACUUUGAUCUUCAGGGUUGGGUUUUUUUUCCAUUUGAAUACAAGUAAUGCAAAAGGAGCUUAUCUUUGUGCAGUAUGUUGAGCAAUCCAGUGGAAAUGGUCUUUGUAAAGGCAUAUGUGAAGGGAGGGAAGCUACAGAAACCUGUCUUAAUUGAGUCAUGUUGCACACUGCUUCCUUUGGAGCCCAAACAGCAAUGAGUCAGAAAGGCUCCCAUUUUCCACAGGCCUGGCAAGAGGGGAGUGUAGAAAGUGCUGGUUACUCUUCUGGGCUCUUAAUGAUACUUGCAGUUUUAUCAAAGAUUCACCUGGAAGAGAGUCUUUGUGGAGACCUUGCUUUAAACUCAGGAGACAUGUUCAGCAAGUUUGGUACUAAGCUAACUGAGUAUCUUGGCAUGUUCUGCAUAAUUGCUACAAAAAAGAAUUAUGUGGCCCCAGGGACAAAGUACUUGAGAAUACUUUUAAAGUAGAUGUUCACAGGAUGUUGGGUAAUACAGAUAAUUGUGGGUAGUUUGCUACCAGGCAAUUUGCCAUACUGGUUUGUUUUUUUUAAGUUAUUUUCUGUGCUGCUUUGAUGGGCAUGAGGGAGUGUGUUAGCACAGGAGCUCAGGUGUGCUAGCUGAUGUUUUUACUGUGCAGAGCUGAGCCACUUUUGAGAGAGAAAGGGCUUAGCCUAUCUAUAUUUAACUUUACUUUUUCCUGGUGACAUGUACUUUACCAGAAAAGUGACUCCUGUAUAAGGACAACCUGGAAAUUCAAGUAAUAAGCCCUUCAAAGACAAGCUUUGGACAUUAUUCUUGGCCGUACCACUAGACAGAUUCAGAUAUUCCGAAAGCUAAAAUACCAUACGGCUGUGUAAAAGUUGUCUUCACAAUGGAACAAUCAUAUCUUCACUCCCCACCAGAAGUGUUGCCUAUCAACAGUAAAUACUACAAAAGGAUUGCAAAAGCAACUUCCUCCCACACGAGGUGUGGCCCUAACAUGUAUUAACAGAAUAAAGAACAUUAAAAUGUAAAGCAGUCAUAUACUGUGGUGAAUUGUAAGUCAGCACAUUUAACUGGGCUUUUUUAACUCUAAGGAGAUGAUUAUUUUGGAGCAGAGUUUAACUGAAGCUUUUAAAUUAUGAAUCCUUAUGUAGUGUUCUGUGAAAUGUUUAUAUAUCUGGAGAUAAAGUUAUAAACUUUUUUUAAAGGAAUAACUUCAGAGAAUUAUGAUAAUGAAGCUUCAAACAUAAAUCUUGUUGCCCGCAAAGUGUGAAAAUGUAUGAAUGUGUUUUCCAGAGGAGUCUAAUUCACUUGAAUGAAGCCACUGCACCUUUCUCUAUUAUGAUUAAAAUAAUGGUUUGGGUUAGUUUCUUUUUUUA